AUGGAUCCCCUAAACCUCUCCUGGUACAACACUGGGGACAGGAAUUGGAGCAAGCCGCUCAACGAGUCCAGCGCAGACCAGAAGCCUCAGUAUAACUACUAUGCCGUGCUGCUCACCCUCCUCAUCUUUGUCAUUGUGUUUGGCAACGUGCUGGUCUGCAUGGCUGUGUCCAGGGAGAAAGCCCUGCAGACCACCACCAAUUACCUGAUCGUCAGCCUGGCGGUGGCAGAUCUCCUGGUGGCCACUCUGGUCAUGCCCUGGGUGGUCUAUCUGGAGGUGGUUGGGGAGUGGAGGUUCAGUCGGAUCCACUGUGAUAUCUUUGUCACCCUCGAUGUCAUGAUGUGCACCGCCAGCAUCCUCAACCUCUGUGCCAUCAGCAUUGACAGGUACACGGCCGUAGCGAUGCCAAUGCUGUACAACACCCGCUACAGCUCCAAGCGCCGGGUCACCGUCAUGAUCGCCGUGGUCUGGGUGCUCUCAUUUGCCAUCUCCAGCCCAAUCCUGUUUGGCCUCAACAAGGCAGAUGAGAAGGAGUGCAUCAUUGCCAAUCCUGCCUUCGUCGUGUAUUCCUCCGUUGUCUCCUUCUACGUCCCCUUCAUCGUCACCCUGCUGGUGUACGUGCAGAUCUACAUGGUGCUCCGCAGGCGCAGGAAGCGCGUCACCACCAAGCGCAGCAGCCAAGGCCUGGACUCGGACACGCAUGCGCCGCUGAAGGACAAAUGCACUCAUCCAGAAGACGUGAAGCUCUGCACAGUUAUUGUGAAGUCCAAUGGGAGUUUCCAAGUUAAUAAGCGCAAAGUGGUGAGUGCGGAAAGUCACAUAGAGAUGGAAAUGGAGAUGGUGUCCAGUACCAGUCCCCCUGAGAGAACCAUUGCCAAGCCAGCAGCACCAAGCAACCACCAGCUGGUUGUGCCCAUCGCCUCAAGCCGGUGCACCUUGGACAGCCCUGGGAAAGUAGAGAAGAAUGGACAUGCCAAAGAAAAUCUACACACAGCCAAGGUCUUUGAGAUCCAGUCCAUGCCUAAUGGCAAGACGAGGAGUACUCUUCUCAAGGCUAUGAACAGGAGGAAACUCUCACAGCAGAAGGAGAAGAAAGCCACCCAGAUGCUAGCCAUUGUACUUGGUGUUUUCAUCAUCUGCUGGCUCCCAUUCUUCAUCACUCACAUCUUGAACAUGCACUGCGAUUGCAACAUCCCCCCAGCAAUGUACAGCGCCUUUACGUGGCUUGGAUAUGUCAACAGUGCUGUCAAUCCAAUUAUUUACACCACCUUCAAUAUUGAAUUUCGCAAGGCUUUCAUGAAGAUCCUCCACUGUUAA